AAGACCAAGUGCCCGGAAGGCCCGAGCACGUGCACUUCAAGACUAGUGCAAAUUCGGCGACACUUUGGUGGGAGCAGCCAGCGAAUGCCGAUACUAUCCUGGUUCGAGGAUACGCGGUCUCCUAUGGCAUCGGCACGCCGAGCAGCAAGAUUGUCAUCGAGGGCGCUGACACGAAUUCGUUUACGAUCGAUCGAUUAAAACCCGCCACGCACUACGUCUUCGCCGUCAAUGCGUAUAAUGAAGCGGAUGGUGAAGAUGGGGAAAAAGUGCUUUUGAGUGGAACGACGCUCGAUGGCGAGAAUGGGCUCCUUCUCGCUGUGGCCACCCAUUGCCGUCGCGCCAGCGCGAAAGAACGAGCCGUUGAGGUAAACUGGGAAGACCCAAACCCAGAACGAGCCGAGGAAAACCGAUUGGACGGCAAUGGAAGACAUUACAUUGUUCAAUACGGUCUCUACCAGUCGGAGCGCCACGAAAAAUUCGGGCCAACACCAGGCCAUGAAGCUGGUGAAUCUGCUGCCCGGGCGAGUAUGAGGUGGCCGUCAAGGAAAUCG